AGGUAGCAGAAGAAAACCAGUUAGUAGGUUACUCGAGUGCGAAAACCGAUCGUCAGUGUACCAUUAUCUGUCGAGACGAAUAGACGAACCUUCUUACCGUCAUGUGGUUGGUUUACUUGGUAUGGCUAGUGGCUGCCGUUCUACUAGCCGUUUAUUUGUGGAUCAAAAAGAGAUUUAAUUUUUGGAAGGAUCGGGGCGUCGAGUACAUUGAACCGGAGUUCCCGUUUGGAAAUUUCAAGACCUUGGGCAAAGUGGAACACAUCGCCCCAAUUACGCAGCGGCACUAUGACUACUUCAAGCAGAAAGGAGUCCCAUAUGGAGGUGUUUUCAUGUUGACUUCGCCUCUGCUGUAUAUCUUAGACACCAAACUCAUCAAAACACUUCUGGUGAAAGAUUUCAACCACUUCCCCAAUCGGGGAGUGUACUUCAACGAGAAGGAUGACCCACUGUCGGCGCAUAUGUUCGCGAUCGAAGGAAACAAGUGGAAGACUCUGAGGAACAAACUAUCGCCUACAUUUACGAGCGGACGAAUCAAGAUGACCUUCCCGUUGGUUGUGGGGGUGUGUCAACAGUUUUGCGACCAUCUGGGAGAAGUGGUGCAGCAAAGCAACGAGGUUGAAAUGCAUGAUCUCCUAUCCAGGUACACGAUCGAUGUCAUUGGAACGUGUGCUUUCGGGAUCGAUUGCAAUAGUUUUCGCGAGCCGGAUAACGAGUUCCGCAAGUAUGGAAAGAUCGCGUUCGAUAAGCUUCCUCAUUCACCGUUAGUUGUGUACCUCAUGAAGGCCUUCCGGAGCUACGCGAAUGCUUUUGGAAUGAAACAGUUACACGAAGAUGUUUCCUCGUUUUUCUCCAAGGUCGUCAAGGAUACGAUUGAGUAUCGAGAAUCUAAUAACGUCGUUCGAAAUGACUUUAUGGAUUUGCUGUUGAAAUUGAAGAACACCGGAAGGCUGGAAGAGUCCGGGGAAGAGAUAGGAAAAAUAUCAUUCGAAGAGAUCGCAGCUCAAGCAUUCAUCUUCUUCACUGCCGGUUACGACACUUCAUCCACCGCGAUGACUUACACCCUCUACGAGUUGGCACUCAACCAAAAAGCGCAGGAGAAAGCCCGAAAAUGCGUGCUAGACAUUUUUGCAGCCAACAAUGGCACUCUAACGUACGAAUCUGUCGGCAAUAUGGGUUAUCUCGAUCAGUGUAUAAACGAGACGCUUCGCAAGCAUCCUCCAGUGGCUAUUUUGGAACGAAAUGCCGAUAGGGACUACAAACUGCCGGAUAGCGAUAUCGUUAUCAAGAAGGGUAGGAAAAUAAUGAUUCCCACCUUUGCCAUGCAUCACGACGCGGAGCACUUCCCGGACCCGGAACGAUACGAUCCGGAUAGGUUCUCGCCGGAACAGGUGGCCUGCCGGGACCCGUACUGUUACUUGCCAUUUGGAGAGGGACCUAGAAUUUGCAUCGGAAUGCGUUUCGGUACUAUUCAGGCUAGGGUGGGUUUGGCCAGUUUGUUGAAGCGGUUCAGAUUCAGGGUGUGUGAUAAAACGCAAAUACCGGUUCGGUAUUCGAAGACCAACUUCAUUCUGGGGCCGGCCAAUGGAGUUUGGUUGAGGGUGGAAAAACUUUGAAUUUGUUCGAGGGUGUUACGAUUUGAAAUUGUGAAAAAAGUCUCAAAAAUUAUAGCGGUGAAUAUAUUCUGUUAAAACAUAAAUGCUCAUUUAAAAAUCAGUGGGGGUUGUGUACAAGAUGCGACCGCAUGACGUUAGGAUCCCAAGUAGCACGCGAAACAUCUUUUAAGGCGCAAGACAAAAUGGCACAAAAGUCAGAAAUGAAAAAGCAGUUUUCUGCUUUUAAAACAACAAAUUGAUGAAAAUUAAAACACACAGCCUUUUUAUUUGGCAAAUAAAAGAGCUGUGUGUUUUGAUUUUCUUCGAUUUGUAUAUUUGAAAAGAGAAAACUGCUUUUUCAGUAUUGACUUUUGUACCAUUUUUACUUGGGCCUUAAAGAGCUGCUUUCUAAAAAUGGUUUCAAAAGUGUAUCAAUGAAAGCAUCUGUAACUUACCUACAUAGUUCAAGUUCCGUUGCAUUUUAAUAUAAUAUCUCAUAUAGUUUCAUUAUCGUUCCAAUAAACUUGCAUUUCAACCCGUG